GAGAGUUCGUACCGCGCGAACUUUGCAAGGAUCGCGAUGACAGUCGACCGCUAGCCGCGUUACGCGGCAGUCUACUCCCACCCUUAUAUUCGCCGACCGGGAAAUACUUUCGUACGCGGGAAUUUCAAAUAAAGAAUGAGUUCGUUGUGGUUCUUGUGUUGCGAAUAAAUAUUUGAAUGUUUAUUUUUUUUUUAUUUGUAGCAAAGAGUUUUGUUAUGUACGGUUUGUUGUUGAUGGUGCUGUGUAUGUGAUUUUUUGUCGAAACGUUACUGUCUGUCUGCCUGAAAGGGAAAAGUUUUGGUGUUUUUUUUUCUGGAAGCAGAAAAUAAGGCUCCACGAUGUAUGGGCUGCUCCUCGAAAACAUGGCGGAGUACAUCCGCCAGACGUACGGGGAGGAGCGAUGGGAGGACAUUCGAAGGCAGGCUGGAGUGGAACAACCAUCCUUCUCAGUACACCAGGUUUACCCUGAAAACCUCAUCACACGACUAGCGAAGAAAGCGCAGGAGGUACUGGGCAUGACAGAACGUGAAUUUAUGGACCAAAUGGGAGUAUAUUUCGUUGGAUUCGUAUCCCAAUAUGGUUACGACAGAGUUUUAUCAGUACUCGGCAGACAUAUGAGAGAUUUUCUCAACGGCCUCGAUAAUCUACACGAGUAUCUUAAAUUCAGUUACCCUAGAAUGAGGGCCCCAAGUUUUAUUUGCGAAAAUGAAACCAGACAGGGCUUAACGCUGCAUUAUAGGUCGAAACGAAGAGGUUUUGUUUAUUAUGCUAUGGGACAGAUUAGAGAGGUAGCCCGCCAUUUUUAUCACAAAGAAAUGCGAAUAGAGUUAUUGAGAGAAGAAUUAUUAUUUGACACAGUACAUGUUACAUUUCAACUCACAUUCGACAAUCGGGCCUUCACACUAGCUUCUUUGGCGAUGACAAGAGAAGAAAAACAUCUUCCAAUCAGCGCAUCUGUAUUAUUCGAAAUAUUUCCAUUUUGUAUUGUGUUUGGCUCAGACAUGGUUGUCCGAAGUAUCGGUAACUCACUGAUGGUGAUACUACCAGAUCUUGUUGGGAAGAAGAUCACGAACUGGUUCGACCUGGUGCGACCGCUAAUUGCCUUCAAAUUCCAAACUAUCCUGAACCGCACGAAUAAUAUCUUCGAGCUGGUGACGGUGGAAGCCGUGAUGCAUGAGAAGGCACCAGACAAGCGGAAUGAACUGUUGCGGCUGUCCGAUGAGACUGAGGCUGCUACUGAUAAGAACUUGAGGCUUAAAGGUCAAAUGAUCUACAUGGACAACUGGCGAAUGAUGAUGUACCUUGGCACCCCCGUAAUGCCGGACCUGGCUGCUCUAGUAUCCACGGGCCUCUACAUCAACGAUCUCUCAAUGCAUGACUUCAGCAGAGACCUAAUGUUAGCGGGAACUCAGCAAUCAGUGGAGCUAAAACUAGCGUUGGACCAAGAACAGCAGAAGAGUAAAAAGCUAGAAGAAUCAAUGAGGAAACUGGACGAGGAGAUGAAGAGGACUGAUGAGCUGCUGUACCAGAUGAUACCGAAACAGGUCGCAGACAGGCUGCGGAAUGGAGAGAAUCCUAUUGACACGUGUGAGAUGUUCGACAGCGUCUCGAUUCUGUUCUCCGACGUGGUGACGUUCACGGAGAUCUGUUCCCGCAUCACUCCCAUGGAGGUGGUGUCCAUGCUGAACGCCAUGUACUCCAUCUUCGACACCCUCACUGAGAGGAACAGGGUUUAUAAGGUGGAAACAAUAGGCGAUGCUUACAUGGUGGUGUCAGGAGCUCCUGAGAAGGAAGAUAACCACGCUGAGAAGGUCUGCGACAUGGCCCUGGAUAUGGUUGACGCUAUUACUGACUUGAAAGAUCCAAGCACAGGAUCCCACCUCUCAAUCAGGGUAGGAGUACACUCAGGGGCAGUGGUAGCUGGUAUCGUAGGGCUGAAGAUGCCUCGGUACUGUCUCUUCGGAGACUCGGUGAACACUGCUUCACGGAUGGAGUCUACUUCAGAGGCUAUGAGGAUACACAUCUCGCAGACCACGCAGGAACUGCUGUCACCUUCGUAUAUGGUGACUGAGAGAGGAGAGAUACAGGUUAAAGGGAAAGGUGCAAUGAAAACAUACUGGCUAGAAGGUCGAGAAUCGCGUCCAUCGCUAACUAAAGUCAUAUCACCACAACUGACUCCUGGCACAGAACUAGAAUGGGAGAGAGCAGCUGACGUCAGAGACAGUAUCGCAGAACAUUCAGCCCAACAAAUGAACAAUAAGGAACCAAAUUCUUUAAGAACACAGAAUUCUGAGAACCAUCUUCCAAACGCCGUGAACUCUGGACCUAAUUCUUUAGUAAAUUCUUCUUCUGGGAAUCUAAUGACGGUGCAGAACAAUGCUGGAAAUAGAACCUCUCAGAUAUCGAAUGCACCCACGACAACGAUGACGUCACCAGUUGAAGAGAGGAGGAUGUACUCUCCUGUGACGUUUCAAGAUGUUGCUAGACGGAGUAUAGCUAAUUCGCCUAAUAGGUCGGAGAGGGAACGAGAAUCAAGAUCAAAUUCAACGAGUGCAGCUGGAAUGUGGACUGAUGCUGAAUCUGUAGAUCCUGCGAGAACUAUAGACAGUCUCAAUUCUUCGAUCUGUUACAGUUCAACAUCGCCUUGCAGAGUAGGGACUGCACCACAACCUAAAGAAAGAGACACUGAUAAUGUGAUUGAUACUAUAUCGUUAACUAGCCCGAGGCUAACGUUUGGGUGCUUCACGCUAAUUCAACAGUGCGUUGCGCGUAUAUCUCCUACGCGUUCAGCCCCGCCUGCUAUAGGGGACUCUUACUCCACUCUCAGACCUGAGACUGCGUCGUCUACAGCCAAACAUAGUGGAGAUGAAAUAGAAACAGACACGGAAUACCAGGACGCCCACAAUGAUAUGAACCAAGUACCUCAUCUAUGCGCCCAAGAAUCUACGGAAACCCACCCAAAGCCUGGCAAAGUUGGUAGAUUCAAGGCGCGGAUAGCUCCAGGGCACAAUAAAACUUGCACCACACACAAGAUUCCUAGAGAAUUCUCCAAUAAAGAGAAGCAACAGCCUCAAGGUCAAAUCCAUCCCCAUGGUCACCACCAUACCAAGAAUGUUAAUCACCAUCAAUGCUGUGGAGCUUUCGGCAAUCCCCACGUCAGACAUAAAAAUAAUUCUAGUUGUCAUCUUAUUUAAAAGCACCCUUAUCCUCUAAUUCGCUCGUCACGCCCUCUAGUUACAGAAAAAAAAAUAGUUUUUUUAAUAUUUUGGGUAUCUGUACUAUUUUCGGAUAUAUUAUAUUUCUUUUCAAUUAAGCACCUGUAUUAUUGUUAUUUUUUAUGUUGUCCCUAUAACUUCCAAAGCAAAUCUGGUAUAUAUUUUAAAGGAGGGUUUGACGGGUUUUUUAAUGUGUAUUUAGUAUCAAAAUCAGAAUAAUUAAUAUCAGUAUUUUUAAAAGAUUUAUUGCAUUAAUUAGCUCGGCCUAACGACAUGACAUGUAUCGUUUUUAAAGCUCAUUUUUACAAAUUCACUCUAGUCCAUAGAACAAAUUUUGUAAUCGUUAUUUUAAUACAAUAGAAAAAUGCAACUUAGCUGUAGGAUAUUAUCUUUAUAAUAAAAAAUGUACUUAAUUUAUUUUUAUAAGCAUCACAAUAUUUUAAUUAUUGAGAAUUAUUCAUCAUAAAGUAAAUUAUCAUAAGAUAAAUAAAUUUUUGGACAUUUGCAAAGAAUGUAUAGAAAAUUUUAGUACCUAUCAUGAGAAAAAUAUUUAGCUUUGUCUAGUACAUAUUUAAUAGAUCUCAGACGAAUACAUCCCAAAAAUAAUUCCAAAGAUUACUUAUUAAAAAGAAAAAAAAAUACAAGUUAUGAGCUUUACACUAUGACAAUAGAAAAAUAAACGUAAAAAAUAAAAUAAUAUAUCAAUAUAUUUGAAGUCGUUUGACGACGGUUUUGGGAUAAGAAGAAAAUAGAUAAUAUACCAUAAACGUAUUAUAAUAGAAUAUAUUUUCGUGUAAACAAGAGCAGAUGUUAUAUUUUAUUGUACCUACUUUAUAUGUAAUGUAGAUAGCGUUACUUAGUAACUUUAAAAAAACAUAUUUUUUAGAUUAAAUUGGGCGUAGCUUAUAAGUUCUAACCUUAAUUUUUAAUGUGUAUUAUUAGGCUCACUUUUUAUUAUUAUUUUUUUAUUAAAAUAAGAUGCUUUCAAAUUCUUAUUAGUAAUUACCUAAAAAAAUUGUAUACGAUUCGCUGUUAAUAAUUUGCUUCUCAUUUUAAAAAAAAACACUCUUUAUCUAAGAUUAAAUUGUUUUGUUUUUUGUAAAUAUGUAAUGUACUUAUAUAUUUAAAAAUAUUCGUAGCUACGCCCUAACUAGGCACAAAUCGAUGUACUUAGUAUUUAAGUUUAUUUUUGUUAUUAUAGCUAUUUAAAUAGAUUUUAUUUUGUAUUACGUGUUAAAGAGAUUAUUUUAAGAAAAUGUAAUAGCACCUAUCGUAAUUUGUUUUACAAUAUUGUUUAAAAUAGUAUUGUAGUUAAAAAUAGUACAAUUGUUUUUUUCACUAAAAUGCAAAAACUAGAGUAAUUUUUAUACAUUUUCUUUCAGUUUUGUUUUUGUUAUUAUUGCUUAUUCAAUGUAAUAGAAAAAUUAAGAGAUGUAUAAGAAAUAUUUAUACAUCUUUUCUCAGAUUUUUUUUUCUUAAUUUUAUUAGGUAAGUACCACUCAAUGUUUUGUAUGAAAAAAAUAUAUCUAUUUAAGAAAAUUUUCAACAAUAAAUAUUUCAUAGCUGAAUUUAAAUGUGUAGCUGAUUGUUGUGAGUCAAUUAAAUUAUAUCUAUAUCUACCUAUCUAGUCGUUUUGAGAUUAUCCAUGUUGUAUCUAAUUGUACCUACUUAAUUAUUACUUAUAAAUAUUUUUUUAUUAUACAAUAAAAAGUCACGUUUUUGUGUAGCUGUUAAGAACUUUAAAUACUAUCAUUUUGUAAAUAAUAAAUCUAACUAUUAUUAAUUAAAUAAUAUAAAAAUGAUUAUUUUUUUUCUCAAAAUAAUAUUGUUUGAUCAAACAUAAAAUAUAUUGUGUAAGUUUUGCAUUAGAUUCUGUUAAAUUAUUGUGCUAGCUGGCGUUCUGCAGAUUUUCCUUAUUACGAGUUUGCUUUACGUUUAAAGUAAUCGAAACGAGAGAGCGUUCGGUGCUCUGAUUGGCUGGCUCGAAUAAACCAACCAAUCAUAGCGUCGAACUACUACUAAACUAUAACUAAGGGAAAGCUCAUACUGCAAACUUUAUUUACUAUGAUCUGACAAAGGGAAAGUAUAACUAAUAAAAGGAAAAGUAAGCGAAAAUUUUAUUUAUUUACUAGCUUUUGCCCGCGACUUCGUUCGCGUGGAAUAGUGACUUCCGGCAAAUUUUUGGUUUUAACCACAUAGUUCCCGAUCUCGCGGGAUCUCUUCAAAUAUGAGAUGUGGAAGAUAUUCCAGGGAACUCUUCAAAAAUCAACAUAAUGAGCUCUGCGUUUGAAUUUAAUAGAUGUAUACUCACUUAUGGCAUUGAAAAAAUAGUUUAAAAACGGACUUAAACUAACUUAAAACUAAAGAAAGCUACGAAUUACGAAUUUAUAACAAUUAACCUUUUGACCGCCAGAGCAUAAACGCUUCGCUGUGCCCUCCACGCCAAGCAACGAAAAUAAAAAUUAAAAUAAAAAUUCAACGAAAUAACCCUGAAAAUAUUAGGGAUUCCAAAAUGUUAUCGAAUGUGUUUAUUUUGUUUUUCUCUGUGAUCUGUUUCUUGGCAUCUAUAGAUGUCGGUGGCGCACAGGGCACGCUUGCGCAUGACAUCUAUUCAUGCCAUUGGCGUUCAAAAGGUUAAAAAAGAAACUAUAUUACAACCUAUCCUCUAUGCUAUAAUAACCAAGCUUAAACUAAAUAAUUUAAAAGAAACGACUUAAAUCUAAUCUAAUUAAAAAAAAUUAGACUUACAAUUUUAUUAAAAAAACUAACUACAGUAACUACUAAUAAUCGAUAUCAAACUAAACCUACGUUAAAUAGUUUAACCAAAAAACCAGGAAAACCCAACAAAUAAACUUAUUAAUUGACAAAUACAACGAAACCAAUUUAGAAUAUACGAAACAGCAGGACCACUACAGACAAAUAAUCAUACGACUGAUAAUACACUUUUUCUACGAUAGUACCGAAGCGCUCGGCCGAUACCCAACCAAAUGAAUGUAACGAAACCAUAGCGCGAUCUAUUUCGAUCCCAACGCCAUCUAUCGAGGAUAAAGACAACUUGGAUUAUUUAUUUAUACUCCGUUCGGGCAUUUUCUUUGUACUAAAAGUUUAAUUAUAUUGAUAUUAUUUUUUUCAUACCUUUUUACUAUUUAUUUACUUUUUUCGAUGAAUUAAAACAAUAACAUGAACCGAAGUCGUGUAACGAUCGACAUAGAAUUAUCUAUACUCCGUUAGAGCAUUUUCUUUGUACUAAAUGUUUUAUUAUAUUGAUAUUAUUUUUUUCAUACCUUUUUACUAUUUAUUUACUUUUUUCGAUAAAUUAAAACAAUAACAUGAACCGAAGUCGUGUAACGAUCGACAUAGAAUUAUUUAUAAAUAAUUUAUUUCUUAUUUUUAUUUUUUGAUUUUUGAAAUAAAAAUAUAUCUAUGUCCUUUCUAAGGUUCUAAACUAUAUCUGUACCAAAUUUCAACCAAAUCCGUCAAAUAGUUGCGGAGAUUAAUGGUAUAAGCAUAGAAUGUUCGACGUGAUUCUUUAAUUUGACAUAACUUUUUUAUUUAUGAACCGAUUGACAUGAAACAAACACUAAAUGUAAAUUUAAGCAUCCCACAAUAUAUUCGUGAAAACCGCAUCCAACUCGGAUCAGCCGUUUCUGAGAUUAGCGCGCACAGACGAACAGACAAACAGACAAACAGACAAACAGACAAACAGACAAAAAAAAGUUAAUUACAUUUUUGGGUUCGACAUCGACAUAACAAUAACCCCUGCUAUUUUUUUUAUUUUUAUUUUCAAUGUACAGACAGCACUUUUCUACGAUUUUAUUAUAUGUAUAGAUUGAACUUAAUACAAACGAAUUGUAUAGGCGGACUUUCGAACAUUCUUAUAAUCGUAAUAAAUAUGUAGACACCUACCUAUUUCAUUUUAUAGUGCAAUACGUUUUAUUUUAUGUAUACCUAUUAAUAUAUUAUGUAUAUCGUAUUUUGUUACUUUUAAGUAUAGAAAUUAUAUUUUAUAAUAAAAAAAAACUAUUUGUUAAUAAAUUUACUUUUUCUGAAACUUGUAAAAAAUAUAGAAAAUAACGAUCUGUUAUUUUUUUUGUUACUCGCAGCUUUUUGACAUUUAGUUACCUCAAAAACCCACUGUUAUACUUAGGUCAUUUUUACUGACAUUUUCGAAGAUGUAUUGUUGUACUUAUUGUUAAUAAUUAUUAUAAUUAGUUAAUGACACACCAGACAUAAUAUUUUAAUUGUAAAAUGUUUGAUGGUUACCAUAAUGUUUAAUUUAGUUGCCAAACAAUGUGAAUCUCACUUUCGUGGUAUUAAAAAUGCAUCAAAGUGUU